AUCGCCUAUCGAUUAUUGGCAUUGCUAAAAAGUUUCGCGAACGUUGCAAAACGUAAAGUCAAAGCCAAGUCCGCCCGCCUUCAAAAUGAGUUCAAAGUCACUUUUCGACAGCGAGGAGGAUGCUGCCCAGGCCAACAAACUGUCCAGGAAAGCCAAGGAGUCGCCCUUCAUGCUAGUGGGUAUUGCCGGUUUUGUGGCCGCCGGAGCGAUUGGCGCGUACAAGUACCGGAACCGCGGCACGAUGAGCACGAGUGUGUUCCUGAUGCAGCUGCGAGUGGCCGCCCAGGGCACCGUGGUCGGCUGCCUGACCAUUGGACUGGCCUACAGCAUGGCCAAGGAGUACCUGUUCGACAAGGCGCCCAAGGAGAAUACAAAGUCACUGAAUAACUAAAGCUCAUCUGAUUGUAUGGCCUCCCUCUCUAAAAGUACCCCACCAACACAAAUCGGGAUGAUAUUAGACCCCAGCAAUCAGUAACUCUAUGUAUUGCACCAUCAAAGAUUCAUACCGAUCAAGAGGGUUAGGAUCCCUGGAGGCUGGACUGUCCAGGCCCCGAGAAUUAGAUAAUGUUUUGUAUACCUGCGUAAGAUUGUGAUAUGGUGUGUUUUAAUUGUACAAGUUGGACAUCCAAACGAAAGCUGUUGAAGGCAGACGACAAGAUUAUGAAUACCUCUCGCAUGAUAUGAUAUAUUUAAAUAAAUCAAUUUAGACUAAAACAGAA